UAAACAAACCUCCUCAGGGAAGAGCAGCAGUUCCCACAGGAGAACAACUUAUAUUUAACUUAAUUUGUUUACUUGGCUUUUACUCCAUUUUAAUAUAGAUUAGCCAUAAUGUCUAUAAAUACAAGGCAUGGGCUUCCUUUCCUGCCAGGAAACACUUUUCGUGAUUUAACGAGAUCCGCUUUCCACAGAGCUCAGACUCUUGAUUUUAAGAACGGUUACGCUCUGCCCCGGCGGCCCGCGGUCGGUAUUGGACAAGAGCCGCUGGAGUCGCUGAACAUCAGUCACAGCGAGAGGAACCAGCUGAUCAGUGACAUCCCGAAUCUGACCUACGGUACAGACACACACCGACACCCGCCGCUCCAACACAUCCCUGCACACGCUGCUUAUGACAAGAAGGUGCUGCGUUUCUAUGGUUACUUCCGACAGGAAGUGUUGCACUCUCCAGAUGAGCACUUCCGCAUUCGUCCGGUGGUGAUUUAUUAUCACUUGGAGGAUGACAGCAUGUGUGUGACCGAGCCACCGGUGGAAAACUCAGGAAUUCCACAGGGAAAACUGAUCAAACGUCAGAGGCUGACCAAAAACCAGCGCGGAGAGCUUUACCACUGGAAAGACCUCAAUGUUGGGAUGGACUUGAGUUUGUUUGGAACGGUCUACAGGAUAACACAGUGCGAUGGCUUUACACAGGACUUCAUGGAGAGUCAGGGAAUAGUACUAAAUGAGUCGGAGUCCAUUCCCAGUGACCCGUACACCAUCCGCCGCAUUCAGACACAACAAACUCACAUCAUACCCUACGACCACAAUCAUCAGCUGGAGCGGUUCCUCGCCUUGGAUCGACAGGUGCUGCGUUUCUUUGCGCUUUGGGACGACUCGGACUAUCUCUACGGUGAGAAACGGCCCGUAACGCUGUAUUACUAUCUUGUAGAUGAUUCUGUUGAGAUUUGUGAACAUCACGAGGCCAACAGCGGCCGGGACCCGUUCCCAGUGCUGCUCCGCAGACAGAGGGUUCCCAAACACAUCAAACCAACCUGCGAGCCGUUCCCCAGCAGCGUUCUGGAAGUUUCCCCUCAUGACGUGAAGGAGUAUUUCUCUCCUCAAGACUUCAGGGUCGGUGAGGAGGUCACGCUGAUGGGGAGGCGCUUCCUUCUGUAUGACUGUGACAACUUCACCCGGAAAUACUUUGAACAGAAUCACCCCGACAUCUUGCUCAAACCGUUUACUGUUGACACUAGAACACCACAAGACAUCAAGAGGGUAAUUCCUCCAUAUAACGGCUUCGGUUCUCUGGAGGACUCGUUACAGAACUGUCUGUCUCUGAUUCCUGAACCGCCCAAGAAAGACGUGAUCAAACUGCUGGAGAACGACCACAAAGUCCUGCGUUAUGCCGCACGGCUGGAUUCCCAGAAUCCCCUGGAUGAGGGACGGCGCUUCAUUCUGUCUUGCUAUCUGUCUGAUGACAUGAUCUGCAUCUUUGAGAAAUCCACACGUAAUUCCGGCAUCAUUGGAGGAAAAUUCCUAGAGAAGACUCGUGUCCCGAAACCAGGAAGCACAGUGGAAAACCCAGAAUAUUACGGACCGGCAGACUUCUCUAUUGGAGCUACUGUGGAAGUGUUUGGCCAUCGGUUUGUCCUGACGGAUGCUGAUCGCUACGUGUUAAGUUAUCUGGAGUCACUGCCCCAUCACGUCCCUGAACACACACUGUCUUCACUGAGACAGAAGUUUGCGGUCAGUCAGACCUCAGACCAGACCGAGCAGCAUGAAGCUGAGACUGAUGGAGCUCCAGUCCUCCUUCAGAGCUGAAAUCUGUCCAGUGUAAUGCUACCAGUCCUCAACAAGAUACCAACAGAUGUCCUCUGUAAACAUUUGUUAUAUGUUUGUGCCUUUGGAUGUUGUGAUUUUCCAUGUCUUUUGAUGUAAAUGUGCAAUAAAGACAAAACAAAACAAGCAUCUUUAAAAUGAA